AGCCUUCACGAAACUGUAUAACCAUGUCAAGUGACGUUUCCAUGAGUGAAAUAUUAGGAAGGUUACAAGGUCUGUGCUGGGUUUUCUGAAUUACGCUAUUUGAAACUUGGAACUUUCCAAUUUAAGUAAACUGAAUUGUAGUCGAUUUUUUUUACUUCUAAUUAAUGCCAAAGUUGAUUCAAGUUGAUUACUACAUACAAACUGGAGGAUAAGAUGGAAAAUAAGGAUCCAUCUGAUAUACAGUGGUACUGGUUUUACAUGGAGCGUGGUGCCUGGCACAUGGUUGAGGAGGAGCCAGUCAUUUUUAUGUCCAGUGCUGAUCUAGAGAGAUAUUACACCAGAAACCCAUAUGGGGUUGUAAACAUAACCACUGCAGGAGGGCCAGUUAAGAUCGAUUUUGCAAAAAAAAUCCAGGUCAACUUAACAACUGGGCAAACAAGGCAAAUUGAACGCUGUUUUACGAUUAAGAAUGGCUUCAGAUGCAAAUGUGAUACUGUUUCAACAUCUCCACCCGCUCACUGGGAAAACGCUGAUCCCAAGGAACCUUAUCGGGCAUUUAUUGUGAGAAGAGAAAGCAGUGAAUAUCAGAUGAUUGAGAGUUUUGUCAAGGAUGUUGGCCUACUGCAGCAAACCAUUGUUUCCAUAAUCAGAGUACAGAAUGUGGACCUUUGGGAAUUGUACUGCAGGAAAAAAAUCCAGUUGAUGAAGAUUAAAGGACAGUCAGAAAUUGAAGAGCAAAAGCUGUUUCAUGGCACGAGCUUUAACAACCUUCACUCCAUUUGCACAUUUAAUUUUAACUGCAGACUACCACAAAGUAAAAGGAGACGACACAUAUAUGGCAAUGGGACAUACUUUGCAAAGCACGCAUCCUAUGCUAACAAGUAUAGUGAAAUCAACAGUUAUGGCACUAAAAUAAUGCUGCUUGCUCGAGUUAUUGUUGGGAAGUACAAAACAGGAAGUGCGGAUUAUUGUACACCUGAUGAUGAUGAAGAACAAUACACAUAUGAUAGUUGUGUAGACAAUACUCUUUAUCCAAAGAUUUUUGUUAUCUUUGAUUCCAAUCAGAUCUAUCCCGAGUAUGUGCUUGAGUAUUGCUGA